AUGGCGGAUGAGGAUAUUGAUAUACUGCUACAUGAAGGCAUCCAAGCUGCAGCAAAGUCUAAGCAAGAUACGGACAAGGAUAAUCGACCAGAGGGAUCGUCAUAUCGUUCAUCGCGUCGUCGUAGUCGGACACGCAGUCGUAGCCGUAGCCACUCACGUCGUCGGCAUCGGGAUCACUCUCGUUCCCGAUCCAAGAGUCGACGACGUUCGCGUCGCUCUCGCUCGCGUUCUCGAUCACCUCGUCGCAGUCGUGGAAUCCCUCGACGAGAUAGAGGACGUAGUCACAGUCGUAGCAGGGAACGACCAUCCAGAAAGAAACGCAAGAGCAAGAGUCGAUCACGCUCAGCUCCUCCUAAAGAAGAGAGAGAACGUAGCACAUCCGCUGAACGCGCUGAACGUGCAAAGCAGCGUGAGUUAAUGGAACUGACGCGUGAUCAUCGUACAGUUUUUGUCGGCCAACUUACCCAAAAGGUGCGCGAAAAGGACCUGGAACGAUUUUUUACAAAGAUCGGCAAGGUGGAGAGUGUGCUGUUGAUUCGUGAUAAGUUUACAAAUCGCUCCAAGGGCUUUGCAUAUGUGGAACUGUCCAAUUUGGAAGAUGUUCCCAAGGUUUUACUAAUGACUGGACAGGUGCCAGAUUUUCAAGCAUUUCCAAUCAUGAUUAAAGCAUCUGAAGCUGAAAAGAACUUUGCCGCCAAGAAGGACUCUGUCAUGAAUGCAAAUACAGCAACUGCAACACCUCUAACAGCUGAUGCUCUUGGUGCCGGCUUGGCUGGUGCGAUUGCUGGUGGAGGUGGUAUGUCAGUGUCGGCGCUGUCUGCGGCAAGUCGUAUCUAUUGCGGCAACCUGCACACAAAUAUUACGGAGGAUGACUUGCGGAUCGUGUUCCAGUCGUUUGGUGAAGUUUUGUCGGUGACUAUCAACCGCGAUGAAAUGGGUCGCUCCAAGGGCUUUAGCUUUAUCCAGUUUAGUAGCCCACAAGAAGCUAAUUUUGCGCUGUCGAAAGGCAAUGGGCUGGAGCUGGCAGGCAACUACUUGCGUCUUGGACCGGUGAACGAAAAUGCGGUGGGCGGCAGCAACAGAACUAUAGGUGGAGCAGGCACAAACGGUGCGGACGACGGCGCUGCAGGCGGGCGAUGGAAGCUUGAGGACGAUGAAGGCACUGGACUGAGUAUGAACGCACAGUCACGCUCGGCACUGAUGGCAAAGCUUGCUGGAAGUGACGUGAACUUGUUUCCCACGCUUAUGGGAGGCAGCGUUGGAACUGGUGCAGGAUACCCCGCAACCACCACUGACUUUGCCAAUAGCAUGGCAGCAACUGCUGCGCAGCGGGCAGAACAGGCAGCUGCGCUGAUGUCAUCGACGGAGAUUGAAGGAAGUGAAUCGUUUUGCUUCGUGGUAAAGAAUAUGUUCGAUGUGUACCAGGAGCAGAAGAGCGGAAACCCGGAAUGGUCUGUAGAGAUCCAGCAGGACGUUGAAGAAGAAUGCGGACAGUACGGGCCUGUGUUGCACACGUACGUAGAAAAAGAGAAACAGGGAGGUCUCGUAUACGUGCUGUUUGACAACGUGGGCAGUGCUGUCUUGGCCGCCAAGAAGCUGCAUGGCCGUUGGUUCAAUAAGCGCCAAAUUAGUGUUAGGUACCUGUCGUCGCAGGAGUACGUCGGCAUGUUCCCUGAAGCUCGAUCCGCUGUGCAGACUGCGCGCGCCAACAGUUCCCAGUAA